AUGUCCUCGUCCUGCCAGCAUCUCAUGGCCGCCCUCAAGGAGUGCCUCUUGCACUCGGACUGCGUCGUGAAGCAGGGCCACUUGCCGUCUGAAUGUCUCAGAGAGCAUACGAAGGAGCUGCCGGAGGAGUGUCUCUCGCUGCGACAAGCCACCUUCGAGUGCAAGAGGGGGAUGUUGGACAUGCGCAAGCGGUUCCGAGGCAACUAUGUGGGCCUCCCGCCCAAGGCGUCGACUGCGGAAGGACAGGAUAGCGCAACUGGCACGGCCGCUGGUGAGACGAAGUCAUAG